CGGAUGCCCGUGAACGCAGCAGUCACUCUGUACAGUUGCAGGAGAUGCUUGCAGCCGCAGCUCCCCUCACUGCGCGGCCGCAGCGGAACAUGACAGAAAACAAUGUGUGGGGAGAGCAGAUCUCUCCAGACUGACUGAUCAUGGCCAGCCGGUGGCGAGACGGUACUCGCAGCCGUUCGGGAGAACCCGUCGGUGGUCUGAAAACGGCACGAACGCCCCGCCAAGAGGAACCGUCUGGAGAGACCGAGGACGCGGCGGAGUCACCGCGGGAGCUGCCGCGAUGGAUGCUGCUUUACUUCUACGGGAUGCACGGCGUGACUCUGGAUGUCCUGCUGUCUUCGCUACAGGGGGUUUUAAAUUAUCGGGACCCGAAGCUGGUGGGGUUUUCCUCUCCGUAUCUUUGUAUCAUGCAUUCACUGACCCACUUUGCGCUCGAGAAGAUCUACUCUCAGAAGAGGUGUUUCCGAGGUCGGCCUGUGGUGUUUCAUCUCGUUUUCUAUCCGUCUGUCUACAUCGGGCUGCAGAUCCUGAUCGGGAACAUCAACACUUUGACCGAGCAGGUGAGGGUGGUAUCAGGGACGCAGCUGGCGGUGCACUACAUCCUGGCUCUCUACUUCGGCCAGGUGUUUCACAGAGGGCUUUCGAGGCUGCAGUAUUACCCGUCCUGCCCCACCGACCUCCUGAGGAAGUCCAGCCCAGGAGGACAGCGUCACAACCGGGCGCGUCUUCAGGGUCUUCCCGGCUUCGUGCGGUUCUUGUUUUUCGGGAUGCACGGCUUCCUGGACGAGGUGCUUUUCACCUCCAUGUUCAACCUGGUUGAGAAGUCGGACCGGAGCCUCAGCGGCCACACGUCCCUGUGGUCCUUCCUGAUGUACGGCAGCUGCAGCUUCGUGGUGGAGAAGCUCUACCUUCACCUGCACUUCAGGAGAGGCUGGGGCACGUGGCACCGGCUCCCCAUCUACAUCUGCUUCAUCUACACCUGGGAGUUCUCCUGGGGUCUGGUCCUGAGGCAGUUUGACGCCUGCUCCUGGGACUACUCCCACUACCCUCACAACUUCAUGGGGCUCAUCACCCUCCUGUACCUGCCUGGCUGGGUCUGCCUCAGCCUGUAUCAGGACGUGCUGUCCAACGUCCUGCUGAGGAUCAAGUGCACCAAAGAUGUGACUGAUCUGAGCGGGGAGAACGGAGAGGCCAAUGGACAGCUGGAGUCGAACAAAAAACGACUUUAAGUUUUCCUUUUGAGGUUACAGGGGCAAAGUCUGACACAGAACUGACUGAUGAGGAAAGAAGAAGGGCAUUCUUUAUUCUAGAAGAGAGGGAAUAUAUUUAUUAUCCAAACUGGUUUAAUAAGAAAAGAGAAAGUUGGUGUUUGUAGGUUUGAAUAAGUUUAAGAGGUAAAAUGAUCACAUGUGGGACCAGGCUGUGCAGUCAACUCAAACCAUGGUGUUUGCAUUUGGAAUCUGGACACGCCUGAUAUUUCUGGGUCCAUUAACGAAGAUAAAACACAACUUAGGACCGUGUUUGUUUACUGAACCUGUUUAAAGUCAGUUAACCUACUGCCAUUUUUAUCUAUCUGAUGUAAGGUGUAGUUGUAAUAUUAACCAGUUUUACAAGUCUUCAGGACUUUGGACGCGUGAAUAUUCAGAUUUUUUAAUAACUGCAGUGACAGACUUCUCGUACAUGCUCUGCUGCAGGUCCAGUUUGGGUCAGAUCGAUUAUGUUGUUUACAUAUGCACUAGCAUGUUUUAACUGUAGCUCAUAUCUGCAUGCUAAACAAACAAAAAAGAGGAACUAGGGAAAGAAACUGGCAGGUUUUAAUUCAGGUUUAUGACUGCCACCUAAAAUUCAAAAGUCAGUAUUUUCAAGACAAAGAAAAUAUCAAAGUAAGUAAGUGAGAAAGUGAAGAGGACAGUAUCCAUUUGCUCCAUCUUCUUUCAUGCAAAAAAUCUGUUAUUUCUCAUUUUAUAUUUUGAAACUUUCACUCAGCUUGUUAAUAUGACCCCACAGUAAUGCAUGGCAACUAUUAGAGUAGAGAUAAACCCAGUAAUAUAUGUAGCAAGAGAAAAAGUGUAGCUGAAUGGAAAAGAGUAGCCACGCAAGAUUUUACUGUGAAUCAUUCACAAACCAAACAUUUCUUUGCUGGAGUGCCUUCCUCUGCAAACUGAGUCAGCCGGACUCAGAGGAACAAAACAAAGUGUCCACAGGUUUCUUUUCAUCUUCAAGUGCUGCAGCUGUGGUUCAUAGUUCUGCAGAGACAGAAUGUUUCACGUAAAGCUGAUGAAAUUUAAAGAUUGCUGUGUCCUUUAAUUUUAAUCAAGACUUGUCCCUAAGCUCAGCCAACCCAAAUUUACUGAAUAAGUUGCUCUCAAACUGGUGUACAUCUCAUGUAAAGAGCAGUCAAGCAGGCUCAGAGCUGACACUGGAAUCUGACAGACUUAUUAUAAGUUCAGAGGGAACAGUUUAAUGUUUUUUUAAACUGCAGCAGUUUCUCUUUUUGCCUUCUGAGAAAAUGAUCUGUGUACCGAGCACUGUGACUGAGCAGAGGGUGGUAUAUCUCAAACUUGUCAAGUCUAUACAAGUCACACUGCCAGGUUACUUACUGUCAUCUGGAGUUGGUUUCUGAAGUGAAGCGCCUGGUGACCGGAUGAAUUUAGUUGUAUUUUAAGUCUGUGCUGGAAUCAAUCCUGUCAUUAAUGAAGCUGCCCUUUAAUAAUUAGGAAACAUUUAGAAACACAACUCUAAAUUCUGAUUAUUUUUACUGACUUACUGUAGGGAUGAGUAGCAUUUUCUUAAAUCUUUAGCUAAGGUUGUGAUAUAAUAAAUGCAAAGCUUGAAUCUGAAUAUGGCUCUGCUAGAUUUGAGGCUGUUUUGAGCGUUCAGUCAUUCUAGUAAUAUACUUUAACACAGUGCAGAAGUUUCAAUGCCCUCUACACUGGGGAGUGGCACUGAAACUGUCAUACAUCACUGAAAUUUAUUAGAAUCAAUCACUUUGGAUUCAGAUUUUUAUCUGCUCAUGAUUUCUACAAAGGAAUCUAACUUUAAGAACUUUAUCUAUGCAUAAUUAGAAAGAUAAUUGGCACAAUUUUUUUAUCUUUAAGGUCUCGAAACAUAAUUCAGAUCAUGUCACAAACAAAGGUGAGUGAGUUUUGAUUUCUGUUCUACUAGGCAGCUAUACUGAGGUUCUUUAACUUCUGCAUUCUCUGAACCACAGCCACAUGAGCAAGUGGCUUUGGACUUUUUACAUCUUUUUUUCCCAUGGCCGAAUAACUGUAAUUAAAUCACACUUUACUUUGUGUUGAGUUAUUCACCAGUUUUUAACAAAAGACCAAACUGCUUUUAGAAAAAGGGUAUGAAAGGUUGGAAUAAAAUGCAAGUUAAAGUAGAAAAUGAUGAUGGCAUGUACUGUAUGAUUUCCAGUUUUAAUUAAAUCCAAACUUUUUCCUGA